GGAAAAAACCCGGCUCCUCUGCCCAGCGCAGCAGUGUCCUUUUCCAACCUUUCCCGCCCCAGCUGGGAAAGAUGCCCCUGGAAGUUGUGGUGGAGCUGCACAUUCACGCGAUCACUUGUCCAGGUGUGUUUCUCCCAGAGAAGAAAGGACUUGUUCUUGGUGUUUGCAUCUUUGGUCAAUAUAGGGAAACACAAUGCUUUCCUGCUGUGUUCCCCCUGAUGAUUCACGAGGUUAUGAAAUUUGACAAGAUAUUUGUAACUGCACUUGAUCCAGCCGCUGUAGCGGAGCUUCUAGAAACUUACAGGAUCAGGUUUGAACUAAUACAGCUAAUACAUCCAGAUGGGGAAUUGUUGGCCUACUAUGAAGAAAACACUCGGGACUUUCUGUUCCCUGAACCCAGGCUGACUCCUCUCUACCCUGGACAAGACCGAGAACUGCUAAUGAAGACACCUCUAGGCUUUCCAGGCAUCUCUCCAAAAAUAGAGUUUUCUACGAUGACAGCCAUCAAAGAACUCUCUUGUCCAUUAAAGAGAUUUUUUGAAGCAAGGUUGAGACACUUGAGUCCUUCUUCUGCAUCAUGUUAUAAGCGAGGGUUCAGUCCUCAGCUAAAUGCUUUAAGAGCCAGGACAAAGGAGGAUACUUGUGAGAAUAUGAGUAAAAGCUUGAGAUCUCGUUCUCCAUCACCACAUGUGAUACGGCGCCUUUACCAGGAGGAGAGGCCACUGCAGUCAGGCCUUGUAUCUCGUGGUUUAAAAUCCUCACCAGAAAACAAACCUCCAUUUGUAGUUAGACAUGUAGACAGUUCAAAGCCAUUUGGUGAACACAUUCCUUUUAAACCAAACACACGAAAGUCCAGGAAAAAAAUCGAAUUUACAAGCUUUGAUUUUCCCCUGAAAAGAGCUUCUUCUCUUGACAGCAUGGCAGCUGAUUUAAAGAUUGAAAGGGAUCAAGAUGAAUGGAAUAUUCGCAAGCAUAAAUUAUUAUCUACAUAUUCAGAUAGAUGUGGAAGUAUCUUGUGUGGUUAUAAUAAUCAAGGGGAUUCCAGUUUUCAUGAGACAAGUUCACAUGCUGCUCGUUACAACCGACCACUUAGUCCACCUUUGCAUUGGUACUCUCACCAAAACAGAUCAUGCUGCAGCCCUCGCUUCACUUGGGAGAAGAUUCAUGACAGGGUACGGGAUCUUCUGACCUCUCGAAAAGCCCGACAACGACUCUACCUGGGAGUAACUGACCCUGAAGUUGAUGAAAUCCUUGGAAGAAGAGACCCCUUUUUGAGGCACUCUCCACUACACGAACCUUUUGAGUACAAAUACUACUAA